ACGCAUUUUGCUGCACUUGUUUCCAUUCACCCAGUGCGGAUUCAUUCGAAACUUUGCCACCUAGCAAGACGGACGUACGUCGGUAGUGGUCGCGUCACAGUUAGUUUAGUUGGUGUUACACGGGGUAGCAGUAGGGUGUAGCAGAUACAAUUGAAUGAAAACACAGGCAGCAAAAGCGUUUAAAAGUGUGUGUUGUAGUGCAUUAACGAAGUCACUUUAGGCCGUACAGAUUUUAAGCAUUAAUCUCUAGCAGCAGCUCGAUCAAUAGACUUCAGCGAGCGUCGGAACAGCAAGUGACGAACCUUCACCAUUGGCACCGUGACCGUGACGACGGUACCGAAGAACUAAAGAUUUCGGUUUAAAUUCUUCGCAAUACUUUUAACGGAAAGUGCGUUCCCAAGCGAGUGAGCACCAUCCAGCACGUGGGACAGUGGGAAGAAUGACCAGCGCCUCACCGAGUGCUACUGCAUCACACCGUAGAAUAGUGUUUCUGUGAGAGAAGAAGCAGGUGGACAGCUUGGCAAGUCCCGAUUGCGGUAUCGAUUAACCCGGCAGCAAACGCCCCGAGAUCAAAAACAGAUGUUAGAACAAAAGUUUACUCGAAGCAGGACCAGCAUGGCACGAGUCGUGACAUUGGUGGCAUUGGUCGGGUGUCUAGUGCUGCUCUGCAAUCACACACCCUUCGUUCAGGCACGCGUAAUCGUACGACGCCAGGCAGAGGAAUCCGUGCCAACGGCGGCAGUUCCAGAAGCAUCCGCAACGGAGCUAGUGCCGGAAGUGACAACGUUGGUCCCGUCCGGUGAGGAUACGGACAAUAAGGUGGCAACCACUCCACCACGACCAAACGAUCGUUUCGAACAGUUCCCAUCCGAUGGGCUAAGCUCGGACAGUGCCGUGCUAUCCUCGGCAGACGAAAGUGACGAUGAGCUGACGUCUUCCGUGGCGGAAACGGUAGAAUCGAACGAUACGGAGGAUGAGGAAGAACCUACCGCCCGGACUACGGUAGCACCAUCGGCUGAAGAGUCCGUAGCGGCGGUAGAUUCUUCCAUCACUGGGGAGGAAGAUAGCGCUAGUUCCGGCUCGGCACAGGGAACAAACGAAUCGGUAAGCGCCAACAGCCAACAGGAUGCUGACGAGUCGGAUAAGAGUGAAGACUCCACGGAAAUGGUGACCGCAGUGAAUACGGUGGCAUCUGUAGAAUCGGCUGCUAGCAAUGACAUUACCACACCAGCACCAACAGCUGCUCCAGCCCGUAGCUCCGAUGCCACCAAUGAGGUGGGCUCUGAGGGCGAAAGCGCUGCAAGCAGCGGCAGUGAAGGAUCCUCCUCGACCGAGUUACGGACAUCGGAUUCGGAACCAUCGGGUGAAUUGGACCAAAGUUCGAGACCUGAAAGUACGGAGCAGCAGCAGCAGCAGGACUCACUGGCCGAGGAAACCACUACCGAGGUCAGCGUUGAUGAAGAGGAUGUCGUUACAGGUGGCCCGCUCGCCGACACCAACCCAGACGUCGAAACGGUCGCUGACGGCCCAGGCUCCAAUCGUGCCGCCAAUGGCGAACGGGUCGACUUAAGUAGGUACACGGCGCCAUCGAACAGCUCGCAAGGGAACGAAAAUGCCGCCGCUGAGGAGGUAUCGCUCGAUGAUGCGGACAGAGAGCUUACUACGGAGGAACCGUUGCCGGUGACCACGGUUCCGGCGGUCAAUGAAGAGCCGGAAGCUGAGUCCAACGUCGGUGGAGUGCGCGUGAGCGAAAGCGUGGAAAGAAACAGUUCGAUCUCGGUGGAAAGGACACAGAUCGAAACGAAUGCUUACGAGGAAAGCUCGAACGAGGUGGAACGUAACCAGACGGGCACGAUGCCAUCCCGUGCCAAGAAGGGUAAAUUCUUGGACCAGUUCAACGAGGAAACCACCGAGGACAACGAUAUCAAUCUGCCGAACGGUGCUGCCUGGGCAUUGGCCGGGAUGCGCAUGGUGGAGCGAAAGCAGUCCGACGUUGGGCAGGCGGUCAGCGAGAGCACGGAAACGGUACGCGAUGAUAGCGAGAAUGUGGUGGGCAACAACACGCUGAAGCAGCUGAUGGAUUGGGCAAUCAUUAUGCAGCAAGCCGACUUUGCGAACAGUUCGUUCGUCCGGUCGACCGUAGCGUCCGAUGAGCCCUCGAAGGACAGGCGAACGUACGCGAACAAGGUGCCAACCGUGGAGGGUGGCGAUGUUCUGAGUGAGGAGAAUCGACUGACUGCGGUUGUGACGGAGGAGGAAGCACCAACGAGACCUGCCGCUGAGAGUGUGGCUACCGAGGCGGAAGACGCGAAUGUAGUCGACACAACGUUUGUCCCGUCGACGGAGAACCCUGGCCGGGCUGGACAAGAGUUGGAAGAUUUCAAGUUUGAGGAUCGCUCCACUAGCAGCACGACGGUGGCGAAUGUGGUAGCGGUCGGUGGCGAGAGUGGCAAUGUCGUUGCAACUACCACGAGACGUACGUACGAGGUUAGCGAGGACGUAGACGAAACGGAGGUGUCUUCGAGGGUUCGUAAUACCCCGGAAAUUCGUACCACGACAACGACUACCCAACGAUCGGAUGUUAGCACGGGCUUCGGUAUGUUUGAGGACGUCCCGGUAACGACCUACUCUCCGGCGGCACCUAUCCUGAGACGUACCGAGCAAACUACGCCUCCGAUGCCGCUUACGACGAUGAUCACGCGUAUUGCAAGCACGAUGCCUGCCAGACGUCCAACAACCUUGCAGCAGGAUCUCGCCGCCAUGACAACUACCGACGUACCGAUGCGAGAAAUUACAAGCACGGAUCUGGGUAGCUCGUCCUCGUUCACUACCACCGUGUCCAACAGCGAAUCGUCGCCAUUCCUGCGGGAAGGUCCCGACUCUCGCCCCCUAGAACAAGACUCGACGGAAUCGUCGGACGUGACUCAAAAUCUGCUCAACCGUACUGAAGAAAAACCGACAGUGGCCACAUCGACGGCUGCAAGCGUGACAACCAUUGUACCGAACCUGUCCAGCGCAACACUCACGAACAAUGUCGAGUUUGACGAUACUUCCAUCGGUGAGAGUUUGAUAGGCCAGGCGAGUGUAACUACGGAACGUUCCGAUCCACCCCAGCUAACUACCGACGAAUCGGCCGAUGACGGGGGCAAGGUUCCGAUCGUGUUGGACGACAAGAGUGUGUACGAUACGGUUUCGACGACGAUCGUAGCUACCACUACCACGACCACUUCUACAUCCGUCCCAACGACGGAGCUCAGCUCGGCACAGUCGGUUGGCAUUUCGGGCGAAGCGUACACUACCCGCCGAACGAUCGACCGGUCCAUGACGACUACCGAACUUUCGGAAGAGGAAUCCGUCACGGAGGAGGACUACGUUGAGUUGAGCAAUGUGCCGGCUACCGGUGGCAGCAAUCAGCCACAGGGAGACGGUCAGAAUCAGACCGACCAGUCGGCCCAGGCUGUACCAAAGCAGGGCACCAACGGUACGACAGAGCAGUCGCAGGGUGAACCGGCAGCGGAAGAGGAUAACAGUGUGGUCGUCGCUGUGGUCGCUAGCAUUGUGAGCGUGAUCGUGGUGCUACUGCUGAUUGCGGCCUUCAUUGUGUUCCGCAAGCGACAGAAUCAGGUCUCGUACGGACAACGCUGCCGCCCGGUGGGACUGGACGCGUACAGCCUGGACAACGUGUCCGUGUACAAUAGCGUCCGCCGGAAGGGUAACACGGCACGCAUGUCGAAACGAUCGUACGGCAACUCGGCCUUUGAGGAUCCGAACUUCAAAACCAACCCGCUGACGGUGGCCGAACUCGCUAACAUCAUCCACAACAAGACGGCCAUUUACGACGAGUUUAAGGAGAUCCCGAACGUGACGGCCCGGGCCGAUGAGGUACCGGAAGGGUGCGAGGAUAAGAAUCGGUACGCAAACGUAGUUCCAUUGCCGGAAACGCGUGUCCAUCUGAAGCGCAUGAACGAUGAUGAGAAGACGGAGUACAUUAAUGCCAACUUUGUGAAGGGUCCCAAGGAUUCGGCCAACUACUAUAUCGCUUGCCAGGCACCGAUGGAGAACACGAUCAACGACUUCUGGCGCAUGGUGUGGGAGCAAAACUCGAAGGUCAUCAUCAUGGCGACCGAUCUGAGCGAGAACGGUGUGGAAAAGUGUGCCGAAUAUUUGCCACCGUCGGUGGUGCUGGACAACAGCCGCACGUUUGGAGAUUUCCAGCUAACGUUGAAAAAUCGCGAAAACAAGGAGAAGUACACAAUCUCGACGGUGCACAUGCGCCACACGCCCAGCAAUAAUCUGCGCGAGAUCAUGCACUUCUGGUACCAGUGGCCGGACACGGGUGUCCCGAUCGACGAAUCGUCCAUCAUUGGUAUGCUGCUGGAGGCACGUACCUACCUGAAGCUUUCGCCCUCGGAGCUGGCCGAAUUUGCCACGAUCGCGGAGGAAGCGGAAGAAUCGCCUGACGGUGCGGCCAACGGAACGGACUCCACCACUAACACUAGCAAUAACAAUAACAACAACAAUAACAACAAUGCCACUAGCAAUGGUACGGCGGGCGCGGGCAAAGAACCGACCAGCAUCGUCAGCAACGGAGGCACCAUGGACAAGCACAAGUCACUGCAACGAACUCAGGGACCACUCACAGUACACUGCUCACCGGGAACAGGCCGUACCGGAACGUUGGUGGCUUGUGACAUAGCGCUGCGCCUGCUGGAGGUGCCACCGCGUACGGUGGACCUACCACAGAUUGUGUACUACGUACGACGGGGACGGGCCAGCGCCGUCCGGACACGGGAACAGUAUGAACUGAUCUACCGGGUAGCUAACGUGUACGCGACCAAGCUAACGGGACCGACCAUAGAAACAUAGGAAAGACUCAUUUAAAAUCAAGUAUUGUGAGUACGUUCGACACAACUCGGAUGGAGAUGAGCUGAGGUUCCAUCGGUCGAUCGGAUCCUCCAAAGACUCGAUCGACUUUUUAGAGGGGGAGGAGGAGGAGGAGGAGGACGGGGAGAGCAAGAACAAAACCAGGAUAUGAUACAACUCAAAACUAGCAACACACAGCAACGAACUAACUGCCGUACUGAGGGAGCACCACAACCAUCGCACCACCAGGAAAGCGUAGGAAGCUACCGUGCCUUUCCUGUAGGUUCACUUCAAUCUGUCAAUCUGUUGAAGCUUCCUUCCCCUCGACUACACACACACACACCCACUUACUAAGUCGCGAGCGAGAUCGUUAGUGACCAGACACCGUUGGUAGCCGCGGAUGGUGAUGCUGGCUGGGUGAUGGGUUUGCUGAAGUGAGCCAGGCGCUAGCCAGCAUGACCGUCCUGCCACGUGCUUCGGUGUCGGGAUUACUCAUAAUACUUGAUUUUAAUCUCUAGCAGGGACUGGAGAAAAUCGCGAUCAUUCCUUCAUCAUCCCAUCAUUCCAUAGAAGCAGAAGAUCAGAAGGAGAACAAGAAAGUAUUUGCUUAACGUCGAGUCGUCGGCUGGACGGUCAGCUUCUCGGAGAAGUACGCACACGCUGCCUUAAAAAUCCGACCAACAAAAAGAAAGGGAAACACCUUCCGCAAGAAUUGAGCACGAAAAUCUCAUCCUUUCCUGUCGCACACUUUACCGACUUUUCUAACCCGCGCGUGUGUCCGAGUUUUUGUUUGUACAUGUUACAGAACCUCACCGGGUGUCGUACAUGUUUCCCCUGAAUUGUUUCUGUUAAACUUAGCGUAGGUGUUUUGUGUAGCUCAAAAAGAAAACAGGCAGAUAUAUCUAACCGAAUCGUUUAACGAUCAGCUCAAACAAAAACAAAACAGAACGUAAGCUAAGAAGCGAGGACUGCAGGGCGGGCGAUGAUCAGACAACCAGGAACUAUUAUCGGCUAGCCUUGAAACAACCACCAGAGUCACCGGGCCGCGCUGGGAGAGAAGCAGAGAUCGGUGGGAACACUUUGUUUUGUUGCAAUAUAGGACGUAAUGGAGCAGUUAAACUCAAUAUACAUUUAUCAUCUAUGACACUGUUAGGAGUAGGCUAAGAAUUUAGGCUAAGCGAGAAGUGUCCCGCAUGUCCCGAUCGAUAUCUCUCCCACCUAGCCCGUGUGUCUCGUGUGUAGAUUUCAAAAACAGCAUGCCUUCCCGCUGUUGCACGUUGCACGCCGAGAUGAAUUGAACUAAACUGACGAAAGAUUUGAUUAGAAAUGUGAUACUUUAGCUACGGGAUAUUUACACCAGAAGAGAAAAAAAAUGGAGCGGAACGGGAGAAACACACUUACUAUUAUUAUACACGGACUAGAUUUAUAGGCAAAUUGGGGAUGAGAAAAGCUGUUGCUGGAGCGCGUGUGAAACGUGUGCUACUCUGAGGGUACGUGUAGAAUCCCACUUAGACCAACGAUACUGGGCAGGGCAUGAUAGCUUUGCCGGCACAAAUUGCACAGGAUCCCGAUUUCAUAGGCUAACACGUGCUCCAGUUUUGUAAAGCGGAAGCCCCUAACUGGUGUUCGCUUUCCGGUUUGUUUUUUGUACAUUUGCCCCACUACUGUGUGUUGCAUAUUUAUACCAUACCAUCUCCCACACAUACCUGAUAUUCUGUGCUUAAGGAUAUCCCUUUUGCUCUCGUUAAAAAGGGUGGUUAGGUUUGCUCCACUGAAAUGGGAAAACAAGCUCAAAUUAAACGUGGCACAACAAUGCAGUGUUUUGUGCAGUAUUUAUCCUACAUUCUUUGGUGAAAAGCGAUUUGUUUGGACCAUCACCACCACAAUGAGCACGGAACUAAUGUCCAUGUCGAGGCUGAAAAAACUUAAAGUAAUAAAAGAGCAAUUGAAAGAGAUUUCUGGAUCCGUGUACGGGGCGAAGGGUGCUUUGUAAAAGCAAGCAGUAAUCCUCUGCACCGUACUGUGACCACCUGCUAGGAGCGUGGGUUCGAUAUUAUUAAAAUAAUCGCAAAUGUUUUUUGGGUGCUAUUACUUCGGGGUUAGGCAUAUGUGUGAGUGGUGGCAAAAACUGCAAAAGGGUGGGUACCGCACGCACCGUCCGGACCGGUACCUUUGCUAGAGUCUAUUUCGAUGUUAUAAUUCCUAAGCGUACCGGCCAGCCGGUGGUAGCGCUAUAUUAGAAGAAAAAUAUUAUUCGGAAAGAAAAAUGAA